AUGCAAGCUGAGACCAUUGUGAAAGUCUUCGUCAGUCGUUGGGUCGCCAUAUUCGGUGCGCCAUCCAUGAUUACGACUGAUCGAGGCGCGCAGUUUGAGUCCACACUUUUCCAAACUCUCCUCAAUUUCCUUGGCCGUACACGUAUUCGGACGACGGCCUACCACCCCGCGGCCGACGGCAUGGAUGAGCGUUUCCAACGCCAGCUAAGAACUGCACUGCGUGCCGCAGAAGAUCCCAAAAACUGGUCAGACAAUGUACCCGUUGCACUUCUUGGCAUUCGUGCGGCACUGAAGUCAGACUUAGACUGCAGCGCAGCCGAAUUUGUCUCUGGCACUACCCUCCCACUCCCUGGUGAGAUGGUCACCCCAACCUCUCGUGGUGCCGAAGAGACUUCCGAAAAUUUUGUGCAUCGUGCGCGACCAUUCAUGCGCUCGCUUUCCCCGGUUCCACAUCGAGCUCCAUUGACCGAGCCUUACGUUGAAAAAGGCUUAGCCAACUGCACACAUGUGUUCGUUCGGUGUGAUCGUGUGCGGAAGCCGUUAGAAUCACCAUACGAAGGACCGUUCCGUGUGCUUGCACGUAACAGCAAGACCUUUCGGAUCCUGCGAGGUGACAAAGAGGACGUAGUCAGCAUCGACCGGGUCAAGGCUGCUGUUGCAGAGGACUCCCCGGACGUGUCUCAAGGACAAGCAUGUGCUGCCCCAUACCUCCUCGCACUCCUUUUCCACUUUCCCCACCUAUCCCUCCGUCCCGUAUACUUCCUCUUCCUUCUUGUUCGCAGCAUCAAACUGCAACCUCUUCCUCCACUCUUAACUUGUCCACUACAACACCUUCUCAGCUGCCUCCAACAGUGCCUCCCGCAUAUAUCACCCGCAGUGGACGUCACGUUCACUUUCCCGAUCGUCUAG